UCGAAAGUCGACAGCGAGCAAGCUAUGAAGAUUAAGCUGUUAGAGGAAAAGGUUGCAUCUUUGACAAUUGAGUUGAAGAAUAGGGACGAACAAUUACUGCAUCUGAAAAAUGUGUAUGUAAAUGGAGAGUCCGGAGAAAAUGGCACCAAAGAAGAAAAUGAGCGAAAUAGUGCCCAGGAUGAAAGCGUACAAGAGCUUUCUGAUAAGUUGGCAGCUGCUAUAGACGAAAGAGACGAGAUUCAAAGGUCGUAUGAUGCAUUGUUGGGCAGGUUGCAAUCUGUGAAAACGAUAUUCAACAAAUUAAAAGUAGCAGAGUCUGAACUAGAAGAGACGAAAGAUACUCUUGCACUUGCAGUGGAUGAAAAUGCCAGUUUGAAAGAGAAGAUUCAAGUGCUAGCGGCCAUGGAGACGAAAAACGAGCAUGACAGUGCCGUGGUUAAAAAAUUGAAAGAGCAAAAUGAGGAUUUGAAUGGUGAGUGUGACAGGUUAUCGGAUUCGUUAACCAAGACGAGAAGAGAAUAUCAACUGCAGCUUGAAGAGCUCCAGGAUGAAAAGUACAGUUUGGAGAACCAGAACUCGAAGCUUUCGAAAAAGAUCAAUGAGCUCAAAGUUGAAAUCAGCGAGUUCAAUCUCAUCCGCGACGAGUUAAAUAUGGAAAACAAAAAUUCUUUGUUGAAAAUCGAAGAGCUCAAUGACAAAAUCACUGGUAGAGAUACUGAAAUCAGCCAAUUAUACUCGACUAUCAAAGAACUGGAAAGAGCUAACAACGAAAAACAGCUGGCAUUCAAUUCUGCUGAAGUAAAGUACAAAUCCCAGAUCGAACUGUUGGAAAAAGCGUUAGCUGCAGCAAAGGCGGAGUCAGUUUCCAAGCUGAAAGAGUUGGCACAAGCACAGGAACAAAUAGAGCAGCUCAAGGUGGAGUCCAAGGAAGCUGAACAGUUGAAGGUGGAAAUUAACAACAAACAGUUGAUAAUCGGCAAGCUCCGUCACGAGGCCAUCAUUUUGAACGAGCACUUGACCAAGUCGUUAACUAUGUUGAAACAGCAUGGUGGUGAAGGCAACAAAACCAUAGACAAGGAGUUGAUAUCCAACGUUGUCAUCAGCUUUUUGCAGUUUCCUCGUGGUGAUACCAAAAAGUUCGAAGCAUUGCAGUUGAUCAGCGCUUUGUUGGAAUGGUCCGAAUCCCAGAGAGUUGCGGCUGGCUUGAGCCAUACUGGCCCAGCUUCCAAGAGCGAAGAUGGAGAUAAACAAAAGCAAAGUUUUGUUAAUCUCUGGACCGAUUUCCUUGAGAAGGAGUCGAGUGGAAAAUGAACACAUGACUUUAAGUCGUCUUGCAUUUUUAUGUACAUAUAUUGCAUCUUAAUAGUAACGAAUGUUAUAUUUACG